GAGCAAUCGUGAGCUGCAGUUGUGAGGCCGUUUGUGCUUGUGGGUGGAAUUAAAAAUUAAUGAGCGAAGGCACCAAGUAUCCUUAGGAUACCGGGUUUUGAUAAUCUAACUCCCUAGACCACCAAUAAAAUAGCUGAAUUUAACGGCAUAAUGGUCGUAAUACUGAUGAUUGAGCGACAGAACGACUUUCCAAUAGAAGUGAAUAAAGGCUAGGUGGGCGGAGCGCUCUCGAGCGACAGACAUACCCGUAGACCAAUGAAAAGGCUAAUUCCAAGAGGAAGGUAGUGGCCAUGGCCGUGCCAGCCAAGAAGAGGAAGAUGAACUUCUCUGAGCGGGAGGUGGAGAUCAUCGUGGAGGAGCUGGAGCUGAAGAAGCACCUGCUGGUGAACCACUUCAACGCUGGGGUCCCUCUGGCCGCCAAGAGCGCGGCCUGGCACGGCAUCCUGAGGAGGGUCAACGCCGUGGCCACCUGCCGGAGGGAGCUGCCUGAGGUCAAGAAGAAGUGGUCAGACCUCAAGACCGAGGUCCGGCGCAAGGUCGCCCAGGUCCGGGCCGCCGUGGAAGGUGGCGAGGCCCCGGGGCCCACUGAGGAGGAUGGAGCCGGUGGGCCAGGGACAGGUGGCGCCGGUGGCGGCGGUGGCCCGGCGGUAGCCCCCGUGCUGCUGACCCCCAUGCAACAGCGCAUCUGCAACCUGCUGGGCGAGGCCACCAUCAUCAGCCUGCCCAGUGCCACAGAGAUCCACCCCGUGGCCCUCGGACCCACGGCCACUGCAGCCGCGGCCACGGUCACCCUGACACAGAUCCCCACAGAGACCACCUACCACACGCUGGAGGAGGGCGUGGUGGAGUACUGCACGGCCGAGGCACCCCCAGCCCUGCCGGCCGAGGCGCCCGUGGAGAUGAUGGCCCAGCACGCGGACACGCCCGUCAAGCCGCAGGCGCUCAAGAGUCGCAUCGCCCUCAACUCCGCCAAGCUCAUCCAGGAGCAGCGGGUCACCAACCUGCACGUGAAGGAGAUCGCCCAGCACCUGGAGCAGCAGAACGACCUGCUGCAGAUGAUCCGCCGCUCCCAGGAGGUGCAGGCCUGUGCCCAGGAGCGCCAGGCCCAGGCCAUGGAGGGCACCCAGGCGGCCCUGAGCGUGCUCAUCCAGGUCCUCCGGCCCAUGGUCAAAGAUUUCCGCCGCUACCUGCAGAGCAACACGCCCAGCCCGGCCGCCGCCUCUGAUCCCGGACAGGUGGCCCAGAACGGGCAGCCGGACAGCAUCAUGCAGUGAGGGCAGGGCUGUGAUUGGAGGAAACCUCCGGGGUCUCGUAAGCAGCUCCUGUGAUUGGUGGGCCGUGUGGACAGCCUCCUCUCUGAUGGACAUGGACAUGGAGACGUGAAGGAGACCAGGAAGAGGAACCUGUUGGGCUCCUGGGACCCCAACUCUCUCGCUCUCACCCCACUCAGAUCCGGAAGAUGGGGUAGCUAAGGGUCACGCCCUGUGUGCUGGGGGUGGGACACCCCCCACACCGGGUCUCAGAGAACUGUAGAAGGCAGCCGGCCCUCCCUGCGCCAUCUCCCAGCCGGGGCCCAGCGCUGGGCCAUCCGCUCCGGGUGCCAGCCCUUUGAGGGAGCUCUGGCCAGCGGUGCUGCCGGACAGGCAGUAAUGGCGUCUUCCCUGGGAGCCCGAGGAGGGCACUGCCCCCUGCUGCUUCUCACUGUGCCUCAGUUCUCAGGGGAUUCCUGCUCCUGCACCCCAGGCACUGCCUCCGUAAUCCACCCAGCUAGAGGCAGCCCGGCUCGGGCCUGCUGUGCGCCGUGGGGUGGCCGGGCGGCUCUCUGGUCUUCCGCAGUGUCUCUGGGCAGCCCGUUGGUGGCCUGCCCCUGCAGCUGCUGCCUCAGGUCAAGCUUUGGGUGCUGUCCAUUGUAGAACAAACCGGGGUGGUGCUGUCGCCCUGCAGCAGGGGCCUGGGGCAACCUGGUGGUUCCUUCCGGAAGAAGUAGCUUUGAGCUCCUUGUAUUUAUUCUGAACCCCUCCGGGAAGGCAGCUCUGUGGCCAGGCCCUUUCUCUUGUCCUCUCCUCCGACCACAUUUCCAAAAUCGAGCGCCGAGCAGCCCAGCGCAGAGUCUCCUCUCUCACCGUGUCAUUCAGCACCUGGAGUGCUGGCGGGACGCCCUGUGGCCGAGUGGACCCAGUGCCACGAGGGUCCCUGCUUGUGGGAGGUGGGAGGGGUGCAGCUGAGUGGGGGCCCGCAGCCAGGGCCUUGGUGCACUGGGGGGAGGGGUGCUGUGCCCUGUGUGGAAGGACAGCACCCAGAGGGCAUCGGCCUGUCUCAUCGUCAGGCUCCCCUCGAUGGCCGAGGCUGCUGCACCUCCCCAGAUCAUUCCUCGAGGGGCGGCCUUGUCCCAGGCAUCUUGGCCAGGCGUGACCCGUGGUCCAAAGAGAAGGCUGCGGGUCCCAGCUGCGCCUGCGCUGAAAAUGCCCUUCUGGGCACGGUGUUAGAACAUCUGCCGCACUGCAGCACGCACUGGGAGGUGGCCCCAAUGACAGCUGAGGGGGCACGCGGGCAGCGCCAGCUCCGGCAGGGUGGAGGAGGCUCCGGCCCCACGAGAGUGGGUGGCGGAAGGCAAGCAGCAGGCCCCGGAGCUUGGGCAUGCUCACUCCGUGGAGCCCGAGGGCCCCAGCAGGAACUAGCUAAGGAUUUGUGGCUUGGUUUGGUUUUUCUCUGGGUUAGAAAUCUGAGCCAAGAUUGUGUCUGCUCCACGUGGGUAGAAGGAGGGAGCCUGGGUUGCUCACAUGGACUUGUUCUUUCCAGGUCACGAUUUUAAAUUAAAGGAAUAUCACU